CACAUGACUCUAAAGCACAAGAAGCUGCAGAUGGAACCGGCAGGAUUACACCAUUAGCUCACUGGCCAGCCACCCGACAAACAUUUAGCUAUUAAGCGAUCCAAAAGAUGCUAUCCAUCCUACAAGUCGCCACAGUGGUGUGGUGGACCUUUCUGCUUUCGCGGUGCGGCUCAGCGUAUGAGCUGCAGGACACAAUCCAUACUCUCAAAGAAGAGAACCUUCGCUUGCAGCACCGCUUGGAGAACCUCACCCGUGCCCUCAGAGAGCUGAAGCACCUUCUAACGGAGCACUCCAAAGCUCCCCGGGGGGAAUAUGAUCCUGAAUAUGUGCACGCCUGGAGGGAGUGGUCCCAACAUGGCAUCAAUGCAGAGACUCAUCAAAUGCUGGAGCAGGCUCUGUGUUUAACUAAACUCCAUGACACUGCACAUCCCAUCUUCAUCUCUCCAGGCCUCCUCCUCCUCACAUCGGUUGUCUCCGUUCUUGCUGCACAGUUCUGGUUUUAAUUGACAGAUAUUCAUCUUAAUAUAAAAAUCCCAGAUAAUUCCUGUAUUGCAUUUUAUUCAAUUUGCAUGAGCUAUAAUAACCGCAAACUUACUGUUAUCAAUAGAAAUUAGAAUUUAUUUAAAUCUGCGAGACCUAAUUUGAGUGUUGUGUAAGAAAAUAAUGUGGGGUUCUUUCUUCAUGUCUGCAGGAUUGUGUAUCAUCAUUAAUAAGACUAAAAAGCAAUGGCAGACACCAAACACGAGGGGUUUCUUUGGUUGAUUACCAUGUGAUGUUUAUUUUCUUUUUUUUUAAAUGGCAGUUUUGCAAAAAUGAAACUUACAAUAACAAAUUCAUUACACCCCUCAAAACUAACAAAAAACAAAACAAGAUCCAGUUUCUUUUUUAUUUUGGAUAACACUGAUAAAAUAUGUCUAUAUUUGUCAUUUUAUAUCCUACGCUAUCACGAAGAGGACUGCUGACUUGACAAUUGUUCAGCGGACAAUCAUCGACAGCCUCUACACAGACGCAAGGAGGCGGACAUCAUGGAUGAAGCUGCACGUUGCUCUCUUCCUUCUUCUGAUGGAGCUCUGCAGUAGGAUGCAGGUCUGGGUCUCCAUCUCUUCCCUCCCACAGAUGACUUCCCUGCUCUGCUCGCUCAUUCUGUUUGGCUCGGCAGUCGGCUCUCCUCUGGGUUUGGUAGAUUUUUUCUUCAGUCCCCAGGACCAGAAAGUCAAAGAAGGAGAGGCGGUUUUCUUGCAGUGCGUGUCUGGAGACAGUUCUCCUGCUGCAAACAUCACAUGGCUCAAAGAUGGACAGACGGUCACAAGAGGCAGACAGUUUCAGGGGGAAUAUGGAGGCGGUCAACAGAAGAAAACCUCAGGCACGCUGCACCUUUUCAACGUAACACUGGAGGAUGAUGGGAUAUACAUUUGUGUCGCACACAACUCUUUGCUGAACAUCAGCAAGAAGAGCAAACCAGCUAAACUAACUGUGGAAGGGGUUCCUCAGAGUCUGAAGAUCAUCCAGGGCCCUGACAACAUCACGGUCACUAUGGGAACUGAGGUCGCCAUGCAAUGCACAGUCCGUGGCUUCCCUGUUCCCAUGGUGCACUGGUUCAAAGACGGCCACCUCCUGUCGAGCUCCUCGGGCUCAUUCAGCCUCCUGAACAAUGGACAGCUGCUCAUACUAAGAAAUGUGACAAAGGAGGACGAAGGCUCGUUUUACUGUGAAGCAUCAAACCAGGAGGAGACGAUCAGGUCGCAGGCUGCUUUCCUGCUUCUGGCCGAGAUGCAUUGGAGCUUUAUGCAGCAGCCCAAAAGCCUGACUGUUAGGAGGGGAGAAAACGUCACGCUCGGCUGCAGACCUCCCUACAGUCGACCAGAAGCUGCGGUUUCCUGGUUCAAAAACAACCGGCUUCUCUCCCCAACCAUCAACAUGACGGUGCUGUCCAGCGGGGACCUCUUCUUCCACCGCAUCCAGGAGCACGAUGGGGGCAGCUACUUCUGCAGGGCUUCGAACGCUCAUCUCCAAAGAUUCCUCACCUCUAGAAAAGCCACUCUAACUGUGCUCGCCCCUCCUCUGGUGAGGUUGUGGCCGGCAGUGUUGACGGUUCCUGUGGGAGGCCGAGCUGUGCUGGAGUGUGAGGUGUCCGGUCAUCCUUUGCCCUCCAUCAGCUGGGUGAAGAGAGGCCACUCGAAGCAAACCGGAGGCAAGGUUGCACUGGGACAGAGAAAUGCUACUCUCCACAUCCAGUCAGCCAGGACCUAUGAUGAGGCGGUCUACGUGUGUGAGGCCUCCAACGUCCUGGGAAAAAGCCACAGCACAGCCCUGCUGAGAGUUGCCGUGAGUCCCAUUAUUGUGACCUAUAUGAGCAGGACGAGCAGCAACCUUGGAGCGUCAGUGGUCCUGCCCUGCCGAGCAGUUGGGAUUCCACCCAUCACAUACAGCUGGGCCAGAGCAGGAACACAGUCUCCCAUCGGCCGCACCGGAACCGUACAUGUUGAUGAAGAUGGAGCACUGCGCAUUUCCAGAGUGCAGUACUCGGACGCAGGAGAGUAUACCUGUACUGCUGAGAACAGAGCCGGACGGCAUCAGAGACGGACGAUCCUCACCAUCACAGACGAGGAGAUCUUCAGCUGAGCAGAACCUUAAACCGCCUCAUCAUCCGCAUGUGCUGGCGCAGAAGAAGAAAGCAACAUGUUUCAGCUGCAACAGCACGACCGUAUCACCAGUUUUUUCAAGAAAACUCAUGACAGAGCGAAAGACGCCAUCAGGGCCUGGUCAGAUUUUGAAGGAAGCAAUCCGUCCGACCCAGGUGUUUGUUGCACAAAUGCAGCCCCCCAUAUUACCGCCUCCUCCACAUCCAAACUUCCUGUCAGGGGAUCUCAGCCCCCAACUCCCACCGACAAAAGGUCCACAUUUCAUUUUGACUAGUCAUCCACCAGUAACAGCAGUAGCUACCAGCGAGGUUUUUGGUCUGACCCUUCGUUAUCGGCCCGCUCAGAGACAGACAGCAUCACAAAUUCAGCAGUCGAAAGUAAACAAUGAGUCUCCAGGGAAUCAAAUAACUAAAAUGCUCGGCGACUGGAUGGCUUUGGGAACACCAGCGCCA